AGUGCUUGUGUCUGCUGUGUUCAGGUUCAGGUUUUGAUGCUGAAUAUAAGCUGCAGUGUUUCUGUAUCAAUCUGCUUUAAGUUUAGUGUGACUUUAUCUCCACACUGACUUCUGACUGACACGAGUCUGUGCUCAGUGAAGUGUCUCUCACGCUGGAGGAGGAGUCCCGCUCAUCAGCGCUCACACUUUAUUGAUAUAUAUGGAGAAAAUAAAAAUGCAGCUUUCUGAUUUGUCCCUGAUUGUGUUUGAUGAUUUCCUCUGUUGUGUCUAAUAAGGUAACAGUGAGUGUCAUUGGCAGCUGUGAGUCUCUCUCUCUCUUUAGGGGGCUGACAGGAGCCAGUUUCUUCAGUGUGUUUGAGGGAGCAGAGGAGAAACUUGUGCUGUGUCUGAGCUGUCUGAGAGUAUAGUGAAAUGGAGAGCUAUCUGGCAUAUAUUUUUGUAUCUUCAUUUGUGUCACUCAUUACAGCCGACAUUGUGAAUGUGAGGCUGGUGAAUGGUGACAGUCGCUGUGCUGGACGAGUGGAGGUUCUUCAUGAUGGUCAGUGGGGAACAGUGUGUCAGGUUUCCUGGGAUCUGACUGAUGCUGCAGUGGUGUGUAGAGAGAUGAGCUGUGGAGAGGCUUUACAAGCACCAGGAUUUUCUUACUUUGGACCUGGAUCAGGAAAAAUCUGGAUGGAUGAAGUGCGGUGUGAAGGAUCAGAGGCUACACUGAAGGACUGUGGAUCAAGUGGAUGGGGUGAACAUUAUAGCUUCUGUGCCGAUCACGAGUAUGAUGCUGGAGUCAAAUGCUCAGAAACCAUAAACUAUGGACAAUUUACAAGACUUGCUGAUGGACCUCACCUGUGCUCCGGGAGGUUAGAGGUGCUUUAUGGGAACACAUGGUACGCAGUGUGUGACGCUGCCUUUGACCAGCAGGAUGCAGAGGUUGUGUGUAGAGAGCUGGACUGUGGGGCUCCUGUACAGGUGCUGGGAGCAGCUGCUUUUGGCAAAGGAGACACUCAGAUGUGGACACAAGAGAUUCAGUGCAGAGGAAAUGAAUCAACCAUUCGAUUGUGUCCAACUUCAAAUUACACAGAGUGCUCUCAAGACAACAACGUGGGACUGAUAUGUUCUGGUCACAAUGAUCUCAGACUGGUCAAUGGUCCUGACAUCUGUUCUGGUCGAGUUGAACGUCAGUUCCUCAAUGAAUGGGGCACAGUGUGUGAUGCAUGCUGGGAUAUGAGAGCUGCCAGUGUCCUCUGUAGACAGCUGAAU